AUGGCAAGCUAUAACCACCAAACCCCUUCCCAGAGCCCCCAUCGUUUUACGGGAACUCCAAAAUCAAUCAUUGAUGAUGCCAAGCGUAUUAUUGCCUCUCGGAAGGCUCAAGAGCAAAUCGUCAAAAACGUUCGCCAGGAGGAAGCUACUUUUGCCAAUGUCCUGCUGCCACUCAUGCGUGCCGAAAAUACUUUCAAGCUCAACUCUCAUAUCCUUCAAUUCUAUCAACAUGUAUCACUAGACAAGGACAUAAGAGAUGCAUCUGCCGAAGCUGAGAAACUCGUAAACAAGUAUGAAAUCGAGACUUCUAUGCGCGAGGAUCUGUAUCAUCUCGUAGAUGCUGUAGUGGGCAAGGAUGAGAAGCUGGACACGGAAUCUACCUUACUGCUAGAGAAGAAGCAUCGGGAUUACAUCCGAAAUGGCUUGAAGUUGCCAAUGGGAUCGACGCGAGAUUGA